AUGGAGAUAUAUGGCUUCAAGAAACGUUUGCUGGCUGUGCUGCUGUUGCUGACAGCCCUGUUAUCACUGUGUCAUGCCUGUGUGCCUGGCUGUCAGUGUACACUUGCAGGCACUGGGAAGAGGCAGAGAGGACGAAAAGUUGACUGUGCUCAACAUUCAGCUCCCUUAAAGUCUUUGGCCACCAUUAACUUCCCACCGGACACUGUUCACUUAAAUUUAGCACACAAUGGACUGGUUAUUCUAAAACGGGCUUCAUUCAUUCAGUUAUCAAGUCUUCAGAAACU